AUNUACGCUACCAGCUGUUGCCGCAUCGGUGGCCUUGUUGGCGGAGUAUAUGAUUACGCGUUGGGUGACUUUCGCUUUGCCGUGAACUAUGUCCCCGGCGUGAGUUCGUCAAUCGUCAUCCAAGCGCCGGCCGUCAUGCUCAUUGACAAAGCAACGAGCUCAGGGGGCUACAACUACACCUUCGUUCCGGCCAUCAGUUCCCACGGGGCGUCCAUCACCUGCUCCAUCAACACGAACCUCGCCGAUACAGCUCCUUUUAAUGUUAAUGAAAACUUCACGGUGUUGCAGGUGCAACUAAUUGCCUGCCCUCCGUGGUUAACGCACGUCCUUGUAGGACAGAUUAUCGCCGACUGCUAUACUGCAGUAUGCAGCAAUAUUAUUAAGGUUCCUAUGUAA